UUUAGAGUUUAUAAACCAAAGAAGAUAAAACAACUAUGGCAAUAGCUUCUCGAUGGAGAGAACUUAGCGGAGAGAAUAACUGGGAGGGUCUGUUGCGCCCUCUGGAUAUCGAUCUCCGCCGCUAUCUCAUUCACUAUUGUCAAAGGGCCGGAGCCGCCGGUGAUGCUUUCAAUGGGAUUAGGGCAUCCAAGGGUUAUGCCCAUAGCCUAUACCCUGCUGAUGAGUUUUUCGCUAGGGUUGGUCACGAAACCGGUAACUCUUACCAUUAUAAAGUGGUGAGCUUUAUAUAUGCUGCUACAGCUGCCGAUGAAGUUGCCUAUUUCGGAUAUGUCGCGGUGGCCACCGACCAAGGAAAAGCUGCUCUGGGAAGGAGGGAUAUUCUCGUUUCGUGGAGGGGAACCAUAACACACACCGAGUGGGCUAACGAUGCUAAUAUUUUUCAAACAUCGGCUAAAGAAUUGUUCGGACACGACAUUGUUCAGGUGCAUGCUGGUUUUUACAACAUCUAUACAAAGUCAAUUGCAAAUUCCCCUUAUGCCGAAACCAGCGCCAGGGAACAGGUUUGUAAAGUGUUGCAGCAGCUGAUAACUAUGUAUCAGAAUGAGGAGGUGAGCAUAACUGUGACAGGCCAUAGUCUGGGCGCUGCACUUGCAACCCUAAACGCUAUGGACAUUGCUCACAAUGGGUUCAAUAAGCCUGCAGGCAAUCCGAAUAAGGCCUUCGUGGUGACUGCUUUUCCGAUCGCGAGCCCCCGCAUCGGGAACAUGUUCUUCAGUGGCGUCUGUGAUAAACUCGAGAAUUUUCGUAUCCUCCGGAUUGUAAAUUCGACGGACCACGUUCCAAAGCUCCCGUUCUUACCAGGAAUCUACUUCCAUGUGGGAAAAGAGUUAGGGCUUGACGCGACCAAGUCACCCUAUUUGAAAUGGAAUAUUAGUGCUCACAAUUUGGAGGCUUACCAGCAUGCAAUUGCAGGGCAGCAAGAAAAUGGAGAAUUCAAACUGGAAGAAGAAGUUGGAUUUGAUAAUGCCGUCAUAAACAAAUACACUGAUGGUUUACUGGACGAAUACAAAAUACCAGAUAACUGGUGGACUAAGGAAUUGUUCAAAAACAUGGUUCAGGCGGACGAUGGGCACUGGAAGUUCAAUGACAUUGCCUUUGUGCCAGGUCCUCCACCAGCUUAAAUGGAUCCGUCCAUGCAUUAUUAUAAGUACCUCUACUUAUAUGUUUCCUGCAAAAUAAGUACCUCUACUUAUCUGAGUAGCAGGGUUUCCUUGAAUUAAAAUAUUGUUGGACGCCAAGCCUCUGUCGUUCAACAUGAUUGUGAUGUCUUGACUUUGUGUUUGUCUAUUACAUAUAUUUUAAAGAAUUAAGUUAUUAUUUUAUUUUUCCAA